CCGAGAUCUCUUACUUAACGACUAGCAACAACAAUAACAACUAGAGCUGCUAGUCAUUACUUCCGGCUGGGGAGGAGUUCUUUUCCGGGUCAGGAUUUGAGCGGGAUUAUUGGUUUAUUCUGGUUAGCUGCUCGUGAGGAUGAAUGGGGAGAAAAUGGAGGUUGGUUGGAAUCACCAUCAGCAUCCCUGUGAGGACGACAUAACUGACCGAGCCAAAGUUCACGUUGAGGUUCUUGUCAAAUCACAGAGCACAGCGAGACGCUCUGAAGUCAGGACGCAUGUUUUGGCUCUGCUCGACCGACACAGCCUCGUUAUGGGCUGCUUCAAGUGGACGGAGUUUGAUGAUGACUUCCUAAGUAAAAAUGUGGAAUCUGUUGCUGUGGUGGAUGUCGAAGCACAGCCUCUCAAUUUAAAAUCGGGUAAUCUGUGCAUUCACAUCUUCUCUCUCAACGACGACGGCCCAAGCAUGCUCAACCUCGAGGAAGAGGAGGAGCUUUCUGCAGCCAAUCACUGGCUCUUACCAGCAGCCGAGUUUCACGGGAUAUGGGAGAGCUUGGUUUACGAGGAAGGAAUCAAAACGCAACUCUUGGAUUAUGUUUCGACAGCAAUCUUCUUCUCUGACAAAAACGUUGACAGCAAUCUGGUAGCCUGGAAUCGCGUCGUGUUGCUUCACGGACCUCCAGGCACAGGAAAGACAUCGCUGUGUAAAGCGCUGGCACAGAAACUCUCCAUCAGACUCUCAGGAAGAUAUUCCUAUGGGCAAUUUGUAGAAAUCAACAGCCACAGUUUGUUCUCAAAAUGGUUUUCAGAGAGCGGGAAACUGGUCACGAAGAUGUUUCAGAAGAUUCAAGAGCUGAUAGAUGAGAAAGAAGCCCUUGUUUUUGUUCUUAUUGAUGAGGUGGAGAGUCUAACAGCAGCCAGAAAUGCCUCUCAGGCAGGAACCGAACCUUCAGAUGCCAUCCGAGUUGUCAACUCUGUCCUUACACAGCUGGACCAGAUAAAACGACAUCCAAACGUGGUGAUCCUUACUACCUCAAACGUGACCGAGAAGAUUGACCUGGCCUUUGUGGACAGAGCGGAUAUAAAGCAGUAUAUCGGCUUGCCAAGCACCCAGGCCAUCUUCAACAUCUACCUGACCUGUCUGGAGGAGCUCAUGAAGCGGCAGAUCAUUUACCCCCGGCAGCAGCUGCUGAACCUCGUGGAGCUUGAUACGUUAAACUAUAUCGAGAGUGAAGUGACUCAGCUCAGUCUUCACCUUCAGAAAAUUGCUAAGAAAAGUGUUGGCCUUAGUGGACGCACUUUGAGGAAAAUCCCCUUUUUGGCUCAUGCUCUUUAUGCAAAGACAUCCGUGAUCACGCUCGAAUGCUUUCUGAGUGCCAUGGACAAGGCUGUCGCUCAUCAGAUGAAAGAACGAGAGAAACUGGUUAACUGUGUAUGAGCGUGAGCUAGUGUUUAAAGGUUACCAUCUAAUCCAUCACUUCUGUCUAUAGAUGAACUUUAACUAACUCUAAUUAACUGAACUCCGAGUCGGUUCAGCAGUUUAAGCUUUCACGUGUUGACUUUUUUUUUUGAAGAGCACUUUAUGAGCAGGACGUUUUAUAAAAGAUGACGUGACAAGUUUUUUGCUGUUCUUUUUACAAGUUCAUCUUGACAAAGUUGUUGCUCACCUGUAAGUCUGAUUUGUCUUGUUUUGUUAUCAGCAUGUAACAUAUACAUGGCUCUUUUUAUACGAAACUCCAGGUUCUCUACCAGCAUCAGUGUGGAAUCUGUGUUUUGAUGCAUCUAGGAAUCGGUCUACAAAGAAACGUGUGACAUAACGGACAAACGUGAACACUUAUUUGUUUGAACGAACAAAUGUUUGUUGUCAUUUUAUAUGUGUAUUAAAAAAACAUUUCUUGAUUAA